UCAAGGAACAAAAACAAACAACACCAGCUCUCAGACUGACAGAAUCUUCCAAACGGUUGUGAGCAUUCACCUAACAAUCAUUUGUACGUUUAGCCCACGAUGCAAAUAAGUGCCGAGAAUGUGGAGCCUAGCUCUUGAUGGUCGAGGAUACCUCACCCUCCCAGUCUUUCCAGUUCCUGCUAGUCGGAUGCGCCAUGUGGGGACUCUGACAGCCAGAAUUGUAAAGGUAAUCACAGGAGAAGCAAAGGGUACGUACAUUCGCACUGAAAGGCGAACGAAGAGGAGGACACAAGCGCUUUGAUUGCCUGCCUCUGCUUUCGUAUAUGUGGCAGCCGGUACUUUUGGCUGGGAGCCCAGGCAGGGCUUUUGUAAUCAAAACAUGAUCCUGUAUGCUGUGCAACCAGUACUGAGAAAGGCCGACGGAUGGCUCUCCUCUUUUAGCCCUGCUGUGGAAUCUGCCGAGCUUCACCUCUGAUGUCCAAAAUGCACCAUUCUGAUGUUGCUAUGGAUGAUGCAGUGUUGCAGAAAAAAGAAGAGAAAGACGUUGAACUGGAUAAAAAAAUUCUAGCUCUGAGGAAGAAGAAUGAAGCUCUUAUGAGAAGAUAUCAAGAAAUAGAAGAAGACAAGAAACAAGCAGAACGAGAAGGAAUGGCUGUCACUUCAAGGAAGGCUAGGCCAGAUGGCCUUACCAUCACUAUCACCAAACCACAUCAUGAGAAAAGGAUUGUGAAUGAGAAGUGGGGAAGCAGUUGCUCUUCUGCCUCAAGCUUUGGGGUUGGUAGUGAGGAAGAUGAUGAAGAAAAUGAUCACGUCUUCACAUUCAGGAUGGGGAAACGGGUUCAGUUGGCCGUGACCAUGGACAACAAAGGCAAGGGAAAGCGGGUUGUCCGAGAAAAAUGGGGAUCUGAGGAUCCUGGGAAUCCAGCAGAGGCCCCAGAUAUCAGCGAAGAAGAGAGGGAUGAGCGGCUUGCUUUCUGUAGAGGAAGAAUGCAGAUUGCUAUUACAAUGGAAAACAAAGGCAGGACAGAUGAAAGGAAAACCACAGAGAGGAAGUGGUCUGGUGAAGACAACCAUCCGAAGACUGCAUACCUCAGAAAGGAAAGAGAGAAUUCUCCUCAGGAAAGCCCAGUAGAGAAAAACUGCACCCUGACUGGGAGAGAACGGUCAGAGUACAUGCAAUGGAAGAAAGAACGGGAUCAGAUUGAUCUUGAGCGGCUCACCCGCCACAAGAAUGCAAGGGGUGAAUGGCGACGGGCUUGGGAUGUAGAGAAAACCAAGGGCAUGUUUGAGGAUAUAAGGGAUGGAAAAGCAGUUUUGGACUGUCCCCAGAAUAAAAAAGGGGGAAAAUGUGUCCGGAAGUCCCAGCUAAGAGCUCUACCUUCUGAUGGGAAAGGUGGAGGACAACGCAAGAAGAGUAACACUGAAUCCAGAACACUACUGGUAGUGAGCAGUAAAGCCAAAGGGAAAGACAGGUUGACAGGCAGAGCCAGAAGAUGGGAUGUUAAGGAAGGUGACGAAAUGCCCUUUUUAAAAGAUGAACUUGAUAAUCAGCAAUCAAUUAACAUGGAAGAACAAAAGAAUCUAACUCUGGUCGGUGAAGUAGAGAAAGAGCACCACUGCCUACCCGGUCUAGAGAAUUGUAUAAAGCUCAAAGAAUCUAAUGUUCCCAUGCCACAGACCAAAAGAAGUGAAAUGGACCCAGCUUCAAGGGAAGCCCAAAUCCCAAAUGAAAAAACUAGAAGGGCUCUUACCCAGGAUAUCAGUAGAGAUGAGACUGAGGUAAAUCUCAAACUCAAUAAGGCAAUAUCCGGCCCUGAUUUGUCUCCUAAGAGUAACUAUAAGAAUAGCUGUCAGGAAAUUUCCAGAGUGAAGGCUUGUAGGGACGCAAUUCAAGAAAUCCAUGAAAAUUGCUUAGAUAAAAACACAUGUUCCGAAAGGCACCCUGAGCAGAAUUCUGCUGACAAUUUUAACAAGCUGCCAGAUGUGAUGGAAACAGGUAGCAGAGGCCAGGAAUUGUCAAUAAUGAGACAAACAGGAGAAAUCCAUAUUGGAAGCCUGAAGAAGCAGGUGGCUCUUGGGACAGAAAAGAAUAACAUAGAAAAGAAUAACAUAGCCUGCCUUGCACAUGGGGAGGAAAACAAGACUUCCAUUGGAGAAAUUCAAGGGAAAAGGAAUGAAUGUGCACCAGAAGGAACAAAAAUGUGCAUCUUGAAGCAAGAAAAACCUGAGUCAUGCAAUAAGGAAGCACAUAAUUAAUCUAAGGAUGAAUUGAGAGCCUAGCAGGCUGAAGGGUAGCAUAUGGCAUUUUAUUCAUUUAUAUAGAUUUUAUAGUGUAUACUAUCUUAAGGCUCAGGGAAGGCAACCUACUGACACCUAAAAGAUAUGGGGUGCAGUCUCCCACAAUGUUCUUUUUAAAGCCCUAUUGAUACGAACCAUCAAAAUUCAAGGUCUGAGUAAAUAUGCCUAUUGUAAGAACACCGAGAUUUGAGGGAUGAGGAAGUAUGCUAUUACUUAGUUUAAACUGAGGUGAUACGGUUUACAGAUUCAGAAUAUUUAUUCAAGGAUAUGUCAAGUUUGAUGAAGACCAUGCCCACAAGAAGGCAGCAACAAUGAUGAAGACUUAGAGAUCAAAGCUUAGGAAGGACAUCUGAAAAAGAUGUAUAUGCUUAUCCUAGAGAACAUAUCAUCAAGAGGUUAUAGGAUAAUUACGUCAAGUUAUGGAAGCCUGGGAGAUAACUGAUAGAAGAAUCAUUAUUCUGCAGAGCAAGAUGCAAAUCAGUAGGGCAAAUAUUAGGAAGAUCUUCCUGAUGGAAGUGGAAAUGAAAACUUUAAAAGAUUUUUCAGCAGAGGUUGGCUGCCUUUCUGUCAAGAGUUCUUGUUGCAAUAAUUUUUGCUUUGGUGAAGAUUGCACUAGUUGAUUUUUGAGUUUUCUUCUAAACCUGGGAUUGUUUAAAUAAAUGAUUUUUAAAAAAGCUUUAAGCUUUAUAUUUGGCCUGUUCUGCUUAUUUGCAGAGGGAAAAUAUUCCAUGAAAAAGAAUCAGAUGUGAGAAUCAAAAGAAAAAUGCUUUCCCUUAAUUUUUUUUAAAACCUAGAUUAUAUUAGUAUUUCUUUGACUGCUUAGAAAUUACUUAGUAUUUUAUUAUUAGUAUUUUAUGGCUAGAUAGAAUGUCUAGCUUAUUUUUUUAUUUUUUUUUGUUUACAUUUAUACCCCGCCCUUCUCCGAAGACUCAGGGCGGCUUACAAUGUAUAAGGCAAUAGUCUCAUUCUAUUUGUAUUUUUUUUUUACAAAGUCAACAUUGCCCCCCCAACAAUCUGGGUCCUCAUUUUAUCUACCUUAUAAAGGGUGGAAGGCUGAGUCAACCUUGGGCCGGGCUCGAACCUGCAGUAAUUGCAGGCUCUGUGUUCUAAUAACAGGCUUCUCUACUGCCUGAGCUAUCCCGGCAGUAAUUUUACAUAUUUUUUAAUUUCCACAUAAGAUGGCCAUUUCUCUUCAAACUGAUACCCUUCAGUAGAGUUCUUGCAUAUGCAGAACUGUUAAUAGUGGUUUGUUUUUAAAGUAGAAAAAUGUAAUGCUUUCAUUCUUGAGCCUAAUUCAUUAGUUUAAUUUUUUGCAGAAAAAUUAAGUGCAGAAAAAAAAAUGAGUUGCCUAGCUGGCAUGUUGCACCCCUGGGCUUAUAAAGCUAAGGCCCCAACUUCAUUUCCUAGCAGACUAAAUGCACAUUUGCUUAACUUUCAGUUCUUCCAUCCAUAAGAGGUCAUAGGUAGGCCUUACCAAAUAUUGUUUAAAAUCCCACAAGUCUCCAUAUAACAUUCUCACUUCUAUUUAUUUAUUUAUUUAAAUGUUUA